AUGAUGGGCGGGAGCCUCAGCAAAUGGGAGGCGGAAAGGUUCUUGGAAAGAGCAAACAGGCCCCGGCCCCGGCGCCGGCUCCUCCCGGGCCCCGCGGAGGACACAGGCGGCGCAGCCGCUGCCGCCGCCUCCGCUGCGGCUUCCCCGGCCCGAGCUCCGCCGCUCGGCAGCGCGGCCGCCGGCCCCGAGCCGCCGCUGUCCCGUUGCCAGGAGCGAACGCCUGGGGAUGGCCGGCCCGGGGCGCUUGAGGGGCGCUCGGGGGCCGCUCCUGGCCCCGGGCCGAGCGCUGACAGCCGCGUCCCGCCGGCAGGGAAGGCGCAGCAGGGCCUGCAGGAGCAGUACCGGCUGGCCGGGGCCCGGCAGGGUGGAAGCCGCCGGGACGCCUCGAGGGAGAGCGGGCGUGGGGCCAGCGCAGGGCGCAGAGCAUCCCGGGCUGGGCGAGGGGUUCCCGAGCCCCGGCACGGCCUCAGCCCCACUGACGGCAUCGUGCUCCUCCCGCAGCCCGACGGCACCAGCGCACCCCUGGAGGUGGUGCUGCUGGCCAAGGUGUCCACUGGCUUCCCCGGUGUCGUCCAGCUGCUGGAGUGGCUUGAGCUCCCCAACGACAUCGUGAUGGUGCUGGAGCGCCCAAAGCGGUCUCAGGACCUGCACCAUUUCAUUCGGGCACGGGGGUUCCUGUCCGAGGAGGUGGCGCGGGAGCUGUUCCGCCAGGUGCUGGAGGCCGUGCGGCACUGCACCAGCUGCGGGGUCCUGCACAGGGACAUCAAACCACGGAACAUCCUGGUUGACCUGGCCACCGGGGAGGCUAAAUUGAUCGACUUUGGCUGUGACACCUACCUGCAAGACACAGCCUACACUCACUUUGCAGGAACACGGUCAUACAGCCCCCCGGAAUGGAUGCAUUUUGGCUGGUACUACGGCAAGCCAGCUACUGUCUGGUCCCUGGGCAUCGUGCUGCACCAGAUGGUCUGCGGGGAGCACCCUUUCAGGGGGUGCCAGAACAUCAGCUGGGACCAUCAGCUCUCGCUGCCACAACGGCUCUCUCCAGAGUGCCAAGAUCUGAUCAGGAGGUGUUUAUCCAUGCUGGACAUGGAAAGGCCUUUGUUAGAAGAGCUGUUGUGUGAUCCCUGGAUGCAGGACGUUCAUCUGCCCUAGAAGAAGGGAAAGAGCCACAGGCACACUCUGAUGCAGGGCCCUGCUGGGGCCCUGGGCAGAACCCUGACAGCCUGGUCUCAGCCCCAGGGAAGGAGAAGGAGCCCCUGGAGAAGCUGUAGCAGGUGGGGCUGCUGCUGCUGGAGACAGCGAGGACGACAUCAAGGAUGACAACCUCUUGCUCCACCUGGUCACCGGCAGACUGAAGAUGACGUCACUUUGAUUCUGGCACCUUCUCCAAAGCCAGGCUCCACAGGGAAUUUGCAGAUGAGUCCACACGCAGGGGAUGCUCCCAGAUUUGGGCAUUGCACAGCCUGGCCGGGAACAGAAGGUUCCCCCUUUGCUGGGGCGGAUGCAGCUGAUCCUUCAGUCGGCUGCCCAGCUGCUUUUGGCAGGGCUCGGGGCAUGGGCUGGGGUGGGUACGAAAUGGGAGUGGGCUCCUGGCCCUGCCAACAGCCCCCACCACCCACCGUGCCCCGGGCUGGGGCUGGGGCUGGGGCAGCCAGCCCGACACAAACCAACCCCCCAUGGUGGGAGCAGAGGUGGGACUCCAGAACCUGGGGGGCAGUGCAGGGGGAAGGGAGAAAGCCUGGGCUUCCCUCACCGUGGGUGGGUUUUUCCCUGGCAUGCAGGGCUUGGGCCUUCCUCAAGCCCCAGACAGAGAUAUGAUAUUUGAUCUUUUUUCUUGUUUCCCCUUUUUGUCUGUAAUCUACUUUCAAUAAUUUGUUGUGUGUUUUUCUAGAGGAAGCGUUCUAGGUGGGGUCCAGUCUGGAUGGGGAAGUGCUUGGGAGCAGCUGCGGCGUGGAUGGGCCGUGCCCUUGGAGAAGGCUGAGGACAUCGUUUGGGACCAGCUUUUCUUCCAGCGGUGGAUGGCGUCAGCCAGGCUCUGCGGGUGCUGAGGCUGCUCUGGGCUCUGCCAGGGCUCUGCUGGGCUCAGCACCGGGACAGAAUCAGCCAAAGAAGAAAUGGUGUGACCUGCAGCACAGACUUGCUUGAGCAUUUCAGCAACACAGCUCAAGUUUGCAGAGUGCACACCUCCAAGGGAAAACAUGCCACCACCCAAAAAUUAAACUUGUUCAAUA